GUUUGAUAGGUGAUUUGUCGAAUGUAGAGAAUUUUCUAGAGUUGUUUGUCAUUCAAAACCUUGAAAUGGCGAAAUUCUUCUCUCUAAAACAAUUCACUUCCAUUGACUAUUAAAUACCAUCUUCAUAUUCUUUACUUUCCCGUGGUAUAUAGCUAUGAAAAGGUUAUGCCUUAUUAUCAGUAAACAUUUCCAAGGCUAUGAGAGUGAAUUUCCUCAUAAAUAGCUUAUUCAUUAUCAUAAUCAUUAUUAUAGAAAUAACUAACAAGCUUCUAAUUUCUUUGAUAUCAGUUUCCACCUCACGUAAUGGUGCAUGGAAGGCAGCCUCCUUACACUUUCUCCGGAAAUUUAAUAGAAUUUUUCGAUAUCUUAUCAGAAACUCUCGGGGUCUGUUACGAGAUCGUGAUUCCACAAGUGGGGAACUACGGUCACCUAUUACCAAAUGGCACCUGGACUGGUCUCAUUGGCAUGAUGAAUAGAUCGGAGGCCGACCUUUGUUCCCAGGCGGCCAUCACACCAGAGACAUAUGAGGCAUUAGACUACAGUGAAUUUCUCUAUGGGGACGAUGUUGUGCUCGGCUACAAGAGGCCGAAAUUGGAACCAGAUUUAACAGGCUUUAUGAAACCUUUUACCGGCCUAAUGUGGGCGCUAUUGUUCAUCUCAGCAUUGGUUGUGUUUUUGGCCAUGUGCAUCAUAUACGGUCAGCACUCACGCUUACUGGCUACAAGUGUGUAUUGGAUACUGGUCAAGUUCGGCUGCUCUUUAGUUUCUGCGAGUUGUGUACUCACGCAGAUAUAA